CAAGCGAUGACAAUUCGGUGACAAGUUACAUUGGAAAGGGAUUUUCAUGGACCAUGGAGCUCCGAUCGAAGACGGAAGGGAAGGAAGGAAGCCUCGCGCAGUGUUAUCGAGUUGUUGUCGAUUGAGUAUUAGUAGUAGUAGUGUGAGGCAUCGAUCCGUGUGUUUGAGCGAGGUUGAGUUUUAUUUGAAAACGCGGUUCCAAUGACCGCCCUUUUUUGUUUUUUGAAGUUUGAAUUUGGAGUCAGUGACCGGGGUUCACAUGUAGUUUGUGCUGUUGUGUGGAUUGCGAGUGCCGGUCCUGCUUUUCGUUGCACGCAUGAGCGAGUGGGGAAGGAGGGGGAGGGGGAUUGUGCAGGUCGGGUACUGAAAAUGUUUUCGCAGUUUUGUGUGGUAGCCCAUGUUUGAGUGGUGGUCAUGUGUGUGAAGGAAUUGGAGAGUGUUGGGAAGUGACUGCUAUUAGAACAGGGAGGUAGGGGGAGAGAUGUUGGUGGCAGUGAGUUUCAGUUUUGGUGCUGGAAUCUGCGUGGUUCUGUUUCGCUCGGGUUUGUUGUAUGCAGAUGGAUUUCUGCAUCGUGAGUGAUUGGUUACCGAAAGGGAAUGUUAGCCUUUUUGGCUGCUUUUAGCGAAGAGUUUGACGGGUUAUUCUGGAAGCCCUUUUUUCUUUUUUUAUAUUUCCAGCUGUGAUAUUGAUGAAAUCUUGUGGGACAGGGCGAAAGAAUUGACAGAUCGGUGCAUGGUAUGAGAUUACAUUUGAGUUUUCAGGUUGUGUGAUAUCGAUGCGGUGUGGACAUUAUGAGUGAGAAGAGCUUGUCGAAAUGUGUCGACUGAGAGGGUUCUGUUACUCAGAUGAGAAAUUAGAGGGACACAUGGGAAGAGAGGAGGCAGUGGGAUUAACACAGCUACAAAGGUGGGGUUGAGAGGAUUAGAUGAACAGGUUAGCAGACGCUGUGGGGUUAGUAGUGCGGAAUAAUAGUUGAAUCUGCUCACGUCUGGACUCUGAAUUGGUGGCUCAUGAAGUUGAUGUGCAGGAUCCGGAACACAGCCAGCAGUAUCAGUUUGUAUUUAAAUUCCAACAUGCUUCAGUUGGGGCUUAGCGUUUCACGUAGUGUAUCGAAUAUCUAGAGGUCAGAAUGCAGAGGCUACUGCAUCGUCAAGUUUGCUGCAAAGGAUGUUGCUGCACUUGUGAAGUUUACUGUUGAGAACGCACACUCCAGGUCUGCAGAAUGAAGAUUAGGGGUGUUAGCGGUGAGCCGAAUAAGGGUGUCCAAGAAGCUGUCCAUCCAACUGCCGUCACUAGGAGGAUGGCUGUGAAGGGGGAGGACGUGAAAGCGGGAUGCCGAGGAUUGAGCAGGACCCGAAUGAGCGACAGGCAGCGAAGCGCGAGCUGGGAUUUUGACAACAAACCCGUCGCGGUGAGAGCUCGAGGUGCAUUGCGCGAUGCCGAGAAUCAUUCACAGCUGAAAUCUUCGUCGCAGCGUUCUACUCCUCGAGCUUCCUCCGUGAAUUUGAAAAGGCCAGGUUCUACAGCAACCACUGAGAAAAGCAUCCUAGCGAGAGUUGCCUCACCUGUAUUGCGUGCCAGCCAUUUGGCUCCAAGCACAAAGAGGUCUGCAGCAUUGCACAUUUAUCGCGAUGAAGCCCUUUCGAAGAGCGGUUUAUCGACUGGAAGGACUUCAAUCAAGCCUGGACUAAGCAAGGUAGCGUCUACCAACUCUCCCCCGCAGGCUGGAGUCAACAGGAGACGCCUCGUGGAGAAUAAGCCUGUGGUUAAAGCGUCUCCCUUGUCUAUCACAAGCGGGAAGUGUGCCAAGUCUUCCUCGGUCUUUCGAACUACCUCCAAAAAAUACACUAACCCAGUGAGGUCCGCCUCGAAGGUAGUAGAGCAAGAGGAGGAAGUCGAGGGAUUUGGUAGCAUCCAGAGCUCCCUCCACGGCCGCUUGUCAAUGCUGGAAGGGAGGGUUAACCAAAUAGCUGCUGAGCUUCGUGAAACCAAGGAGCUUCUAGGUGCCAGCAACCCAAUCUCCUCCAAAGGCUUGCUCACAGAUAUUCAUUCGAAAAUCAUGAAUAUAGAGAGGUGCAUGACUGGUUCACCAAUACAGAGCACAGUCACACGCUUAUCAGGAAGGAUCUCCUCUGGCCGUAAUGACAGCGAUGGUUUGCGUGAGAGAAUUCUCAUGGAGCAAGAGGGUUUCAAAAAGGCGCUGCAGUCCCUCACUAACAAACAUCGUUACGACGUGACAGCCUCCGAGCCCGUACCUCAACGGUUGUCUUCUGAACCCUUUUCCGAAGACUCUCCAGCUUUGGAGGCCGGGCUAAAGCCACUCCACGAGAGGCAAACUUUAGGGUCACAGCUUAGCAAUGCUACUUCGCCAAAGGUGUCCGGAGUCCAUGAGCGUCCAGCGCUGAACCACUCUAGGUUGGAAAUAGUGUGUCACGGUCACAUCCAGCCUACUUUUGAGGUCUGCUACAGCAAAUACCCUUCUCAGGCCCUCAAGCCAGUGAAGACUGGGUCAUUCCUCCACCAUAGACUUGCCGAGAGCCGGGCUACACUGAAUGAGAAUGAUAAUCGGGAGCUCCUCUGCAUGAGGUUGGCAGAGUUUGGAGGAAGGGACAAAGACGAAGUUUGUGCUUGUGAUGAGGGAGAAGUAAUGUCUACGACAUUUCCGACGUCUCUUGAUGAGAACAGUUCAUCAGGUGGGAGCGUACUUUCAUAUAAGAAACAUAGGUAUUCAGGUGAGGCAUGCGACGUAUCAUCAAGUGAAUAUUUGUCUCCUUCAAAUCAUAGCUCGGUUGCGGAACCUACUGAAAAUCUCCAAUCAGUCGUUUGUAUGAAUUCGGAGAGCGAAUUCGCGGAUAUUAGCCAUCUGAAAUUGUCAGAUGGUAGUCAAUUCUCUAGGCAAGUUACCAAAUUGGAUUACAGGAGACAGCCUACACCAGUUAGGUCCUUCGACGGGGAUGUUUUCGAUGAUACUUUCUCCAUCAACGACUUGCGAUGUGAUGAGUCUGUAGUUGUAGAAGAUGAGGAAGACGAUGACUUCGCUGUGUUGAGUCCAGUUGCCAGAAAUGAAGAGGAUGGGUCGAGUGAAAUACCUGAGAAACAACUUCUCAAUGUAGGUAGUAAGGUUGCCAUUGCAGGAUGGUUUGCGUGUAAGGGUGAAGGCAUACUGCUUGCUCACGACGACUCUAGUUGCUCUUAUCACGAUGUUGCUAAUAUGGAGGAGAAGGUUGUUUACAGUUGUCCAAGUACGUUGACAUCUCGUCGAUGGGGAGACUGCUGGAUUGUACAAGCCCCUGGCACUGACGGUCGUUCUAGCAAAUUUGUUGUUGCUGCUUCCGGUGGUGGGACAAGAGACUCUGCUUUUUGUUCGUGGGAUUUUUACAGUCGAAAAACUGUUUCUUAUCACUGUGAACUUUCCUCGUUGCCCAAUCCUCCCAGAGAUUCUAAAGGAAGAGCUAGGAGCUUUGAUCAAGAAACGCCAUUUUUAAAAGAUUCAUGUGGUCCAGAAUCGAAAAUGGCACUUAGGAAAUGGUUGGACAGAUCUGGUGCUAUGAAUAUGACAAAACUAAGCGGGAACGCUGCUACCAAGAAAGCAUUUAACAGAUGUAUGUCUCUGGAGCGGAACGAUGUGGAGGAAGUAGAGAGCAAGCCUGUUGAUCUACCCCUUUGGUGGUAUAGACCAUGUGGACCCCUCCUAGCCUCUGUUGCCAGUGGAUUGUCAGCUGUCUCUUUGUAUGAUAUUCGGGACGGCGAGUCAGUGAUGCGUUGGGAGACACAGAAGGUUGUGGCAUCUAUGGCGUACAGUAGCCCCGUGCAAUGGCGUAACAAAAGCAAGCUUGUUCUGACAGGACUCGAUUGCCUCAGCUUCUGGGACGUUGAGAGCUUAAAACCUCAGCUUCUUCACACUGUUAAUCUACCUGAAAAGCAGAUGCGUGCCUUACAUGUGUACAACGUUGAUGCCGAGUGCAGCGGUGGCGUGCGACAGAGGUUGAGCGCGUCUGAGCAUCACAGUGAUGGGAUACUUUGUACCGACGACGCAGUGAACGUCCUUGAUUUUCGAGUCCCAACAGGCAUUGGCAAGAAGUUCCCCACACUCGACGAGGACACGCAGUCUAUCUUCGCUGAUGGGGAUGCUGUUUAUUCUGGUGCAAUUAGCUACAAAGCCAGAAUUCUAGAUGAUGGAGCUACAACAGUAAUGCAACCUCAGUCCAUACUCAAUCACUGGUCGAUACGGCAAGGAAAGCUCAUGAAUGUUUAUUCUCUGCCGCUGUCAAACUGCCAUACUGCUCAGCUCCCUAUCACGCAAGUGUGGGGCUCAUCAGAUACUAUUAUGGCUGCUAAUGGGAAUGGGUUAUUUGUAAUGGAACCUGCUAGACAGUAUUCAUCUGGUCAAGUAAUUUCAAAUGUUCGCUGUAUACUUGGCCCGGAUGAACUGGAUAAUCCUACUUUUGAUUUCGCAAGCUCAUGUGUCUUGCUCAUAUCAAGACAACGACCUGCACAGUGGGGUCAUUGGCCAUGAAUACAUAGUUCAACACAUCCAUCCGUACUUCAUUUAUUGAAGACAUUCUCUAUUUUUGAUUGGUGAAAUGCCUGACCAGAGUACUGUUCGUUUAUAGCAUUCGCAGAUUUGUCGUAGACAAUCAUUUGAACUUGAUUGAUUUACCAAGCCCUGCUUCACCUGAGAUGAUAAGACAUUUUUUUUCUUCUGUAGUCAUGAUUAAUGGGGAACGUACAUGAUUACGCGUUCCUGUUCACAAGGUGUGGGCAUAAUACGCUGAAAGUAUUACCCUCAUGAUCUCUUCCAUUCUCCAGUAGGUUCAAGCUCGUAGUAACUAAAUGAAACAACUCUGGAUUAAAGUUUGGUUGCAAAAUCAGUGAAAGUACCAACUUUUCUA